AUGUUCUUGUUUGUUUGGUUGCAGGAGUUGAUGGGUGUGGAUGAGCGGAUGUUUGCGUGCAUGUACUGCGGUGCCUCGUUCCUCCACCAGAGCAAGCUGGCGCGGCACAUCCUCUCGCACAGCCUCGAGUCGCUCAAGUACCGUGAGCAGGCGGCCCACCUGCAGCUGCAGGCUCACCUGGGUCUCGAAACCGGCAUGCACCUGCCGCCGGAGGCCCACUACCCCACCGCAGGUACGAUCGAGCCGAUGGAUCUCGAGCUCGCGGCCCACUCGGACCCGACCUCCGGCGUCGUCCUCUGCAAGUUCUGCGGCAAGUCGUUCCCGGACGUCGGCUCUCUGAUAGCCCACCUACCGGCGCAUACAGGCGACAGGCCCUUCAAGUGCGAGUUCUGUGGCAAGGCCUUCAAGUUGCGCCACCACAUGAAGGACCAUUGUCGGGUGCACACCGGCGAACGUCCGUUCCGGUGUACGCUGUGCGGCAAGACCUUCUCGAGGUCGACGAUACUGAAGGCCCACGAAAAGACACAUUAUUCCAAGUAUGUGCGCAAGUUCCUGUCCCCGAGUCCCGUGGAUCCCUCCGAGGAAGAGGCCCCGCCGCCGCCACCGCCGCAUCAUUGAGUUCGCCUUAGACCGUGCAACAACCGCCACGUUCAUCACCGCCGGAGGAAGAA